UUGUUAUGAUUAUAUUGCGGAGGUUUAAAUGUCAUCAGUGGAGCAAAAAUUUGAAAUUAUACAGACAUUGUGCUUCUUUAGCUUCUCGAAGCUCACUGGAUCCUAAGUCCGUUACGAGUUAUCUACAAGGAAAAGUUGAUGGAUUUCAAAGCUACCUUAGUUCAUUGACUCAUCUAGAUAAGUUUCAUUUGAAUGAAGUCUCCAGUCAUGCUUUUGAGGGCAAAGGGAAGUUUUUCAGGCCACGUCUAGUGUCCCUAGUGUCUAUGUGCUGUAAUUGCGCGACAAUAAAUUCCAAAUUUAGUCUCCAGCCAAAUCAGCUUAAACUUGCUUACAUAUCCGAAAUGAUCCACGUCGCUAGUUUGAUACACGAUGACGUGGUAGAUAACUCUUCAGUUCGUAGAAGCUGUCCAUCUCUUAGCGCACAGUACGGCGAGUCGACCGCAGUCUUUGCAGGAAAUUUUGUGAUGGCUCAAGCGUCAGUUGAGGUAGCGUCUUUAAAGAAUACAGUAGUCACUAAAUUACUUAGUCAGGUAACUGAAGAUUUGGUAUCCGGAGAGUUGAUGCAGCUGGGAGUAAAGAAAAACUCUGAAGAAAGGCUAACUCAUUAUCUUGAGAAGUCGUACAGAAAAACAGCCAGCUUAAUGGCACAUAGUUGCAAAGCGUCCAGUAUUUUAAAUGCUCCUGAUUUCUUCGAACGACAUGAAGCGUGCUUCCAAAUAGGUAAAAAUAUUGGAUUAGCUUUUCAAUUAGCAGAUGACCUUCUUGAUUUUGUCAGUGCAGCCUCCCAAUCCGAUAAACCAACAAAUGCCGAUCUUGCCUCUGGUCUUGCUACGGCGCCUGUUUUGUUCGCAGCAUUCGAACACAAUGACCUGAAUACUCUUAUCAUGCGACAAUUUAGCGCAAAAGGCGACGUUAAGUUAGCCAGAGACUUGACAUUAGAUUCGUCUGGCGUUCGAGACACAGAAGUAAUGAUUCAUAAUCAUAUCGAAUCUGCACAAAAAUUGACACACAAAUAUUUUGUUGACCACCCAGUUAGAACUGAACUCUUAAAUCUACAAGAUACGAUACUAAAUAGAAUUAGCAAAGAAAAAAUAGAAACUAUGAAAUAAUCAAUUCAAGCUA